ACGGGUCUCCCUCUCUGGAUGCUUGGUUUGGGUGCGGACCUCUUGUGGGCCGACAUGAACCGUCUUCUUGCUUUUCUCUUCCACCAGGGAGUGUUGGAUGAGCAAUUCUUGCAGCUUCAGCAGUUGCAGGAUGAGACGUCUCCAAACUUUGUCUCCGAAGUAGUGAACAUUUACUUUCACGAAUCGGAAAAGCUUCUAAGGAAUCUGAGAGGAUUGUUAAUGGAAAGAGAGUUUUCAGAUUACAAGAAAAUGGGAAUCCAUUUGAAUCAGUUAAUGGGAAGCAGCUCAAGCAUUGGCGCCAAGAGAGUCACCAAUGUUUGUCUUGCAUUUCGUGCUGCCACUGAUCACAAUAACCGUUCUGGAUGUUUGCGAGCGCUGGAGAUGCUUGAGAACGAAUAUUGCUAUCUCAAGAACAAAUUACAUGAAUUAUUCCAAAUUGAACAGCAACGUGCAUUGGCAGCAGGAGUAAGGUACCCGGUGCAGAAUAAUUAA